AUGGCAAAGAGACGGCCUCAAGAGAGAGACCUGGCAUGGACACCAUUAAAGACCAGAACAGAAUCCCACACAAAAAUAAAACUGACUAGGUGUGGAAAGUGUACUCUUGGCAUCCUAAUGACCUUGGCUGCUGCAGUGCUCAUCGGACUCAUUGCUUAUUUUACCACUUGUGGGAAGACAGCUCUCUAUUAUCAUAUCAGCUUUAAAGUCAAGAAUAUUGACUAUGACAGCAGGUUUGAAAAGCCAUAUUCAAAUCAAUAUAUCAGCCUGAAUCUAAAAGUAGCAUCUUUGAUAAAUGAAACAUUUCAUGGUUCAAAGCUGGGAAGAGAGUUUAUCAACUCACAUGUUGUACAAGUAAGUCGAUCCAAAGGGAAAGCGCUAAUCCAUACUGUGCUGAAAUUUAAAUCCUGUCAUAAAAAUAAUGCAGCAAAAUUUCGAGAUAAAAUUGAAUCCAUGUUGCAGCAGAAGCUUAAGGGUAAAACUGGAUCCUUAUGUAUAGAUUCUUCUACAUUUAGAUUUUCAGAUAUGGAAAUGCCAACAGCUGAGAAUCUUCUCAACACCUGUUGUGGACAGCGCACAAUUACACGCUCUGGCAACAAAAUAGCAGGUGGUACAAAUGCUAACGAAGGGGAAUGGCCAUGGCAAGCUAGCCUUCAACAAAACAAUGUUCACCGAUGUGGAGCAACUCUGAUUAGUAAUAGCUGGCUUGUGACUGCUGCUCAUUGUUUUGAAAACAGCAAGAAUCCUAAAGAAUGGAAAGCUAGUUUUGGACUUCUUUUGAAUGACCCACAAGUACAACAAAGUAUUGAUAAUAUUAUAAUUCAUGACAACUACCAUUAUCCUGCACAUGAUAAUGACAUUGCUGUUGUGCAUCUAUCUUCACCAAUAUUAUACACAAGCAACAUCCGAAGAGUGUGUCUUCCAGAAGCUUCCUAUAAGUUCCCACCCAAUUCAAAGGCAGUGGUGACUGGAUGGGGUGCAUUAAAAUAUGAUGGAAGUAGUCCUAAUAUACUCCAAAAAGGACAAGUGAAGAUUAUAGAUAAUAAAAUAUGCAAUGGUGAACAGGUUUAUGGUGGUGUAAUCACACCUGCAAUGUUGUGUGCUGGAUUCUUAAAAGGAAAAGUGGAUGCCUGCCAGGGUGAUUCUGGUGGACCUCUAGUUAGUGAAGAUCAUAAAGGCAUUUGGUUCCUAGCUGGUAUUAUAAGUUGGGGAGACGAAUGUGCUCUUCCAAACAAGCCUGGUGUCUACGCUCGAGUGACAUACUUUAGAGAUUGGAUCAAGUCCAAAACUGGUGUCUAG